UUAGGUUAAGGUUCAGUUUGCUGUGUAAUGUCGUAGGUGUUUUUUGAGGUUAUGUUCGUAAGGUCGAUAUUGUCCGAGACAGGAAUGAUAAGUGUGAAUACUAUUGUCUAUAAAAGUGAGGUUUGGGAGGAUAAUGCAAUCGAAAGUGAACGAGAAUGAAGGGUUUAUUGGCGGUGUUAUGCGUGAUAGGGGCUGCGGUGGCGGAGGCGCCGGCGCCCUACGCCCCCAGCGGCUGGAGGCCUGAUGGACCGGCCUUCGAACUGCCACAGAGAGGACAGAACCCCAAUUACCUACCACCGGUCGAUCCUCGCACACCAGCUAACAUCCCUGACGCCGACGUUGACGUGACUGUACAGGGUCUACCACCGCGGCAGGAGCAGCAGCCGAUCUUCCAGCCGUCUCCUAUUGGCGGGCAACAGUAUGUGGGGCCGAAUUUUAAUACUGAUAUCAGGAGUUUGGAUCAGGGAUUAAAUCAGGUACAGUUCCAGAUACAACAGCAAAAAGCUCGAGAAUUCGCCCGUCAGAAACAGGAAAACGAAGCUAGAUUACCAAGCACCAUCUCACCAAAUCAGUUCAACCCAAGAACCACUGUCAAUUCAAGAACUCCUAUCAACCCAACUCAGUCUACCAUCACACCACGUCCAGAUUUCAGAACCACUUCUACCACUCCUGCUGAUCUUGACUUGAACGAAGGAGAAACUGAUGAAGUUGGAUCUCCAGCAGUCUCUGAGCAACAAAGGGUCUCAGUUGAAGUUUCUAAGCAGAACAUACAAGAGUAUCCUCCGGAAUUGUUCCUAAAUCCCUUAGCGCAACUAAGGCUGCAGCCUUUACAGUUUGGACAAUCCCCUAUUGUAAUACCAGGAGAACAGUCUCAGAAGCAGGUUGCUGGUUUUGACGCUCAGACGCACUUUGCGGCCUUACCUUCAAUAAUAGCUCAGCAACAGUUAGCUCAGCAACAGCUAGAUCAACAACGUGCUCUUCUUCAACAAUAUCCAGGAAAUCAAGCAUUUGUAGUGUCAGGGCAGACUUCAAACCGUGGCUUCCUCAUUCAGAGCCCGCAGCCUUUGCCACCAGUUGCGCAGUUGCAACCUUUAGUUCAGCCUUUGUCUCCCGUUCAAAGACAAAAUGUAGUUUUGCAACCACAGGGUGUUAACCAAAUCCAGCCGAAUCAGCCAAAACAGGAAAAUUAUGAUGAUGAUGAUGAACAAAUUGAUGAUAAUCAGUCUCAACAACCACAAUCAGUUCAGUCACAAUUUAGUUUCCAACCCCAACCUCAAGUAAUAUACCAGCAACAACCUCAAGGAUUACAACCACAAGGUUUUCAACCUCAAACAUUACAACCACAGGGAUUUCAACCUCAAGGAUUACAACCACAAGGAAUCCAACAACCUCAACUAAUCUACCAACAGCCUGAAGCGUUUCAACCACAAGCGGAAACCGUUUCUCAGCAAGGUUUCCAACCUCAAGGAUUCCAACAACCUCAACUAAUCUACCAACAGCCUGAGGCGUUUCAAACACAAGCGGAAACCGUUUCUCAGCAAGGUUUUCAACCUCAACAAGUUUACGAACCGCAACAAGUAGCUUUCCAAACUCAACCUGCUCUCCAGCCAGCGUUCCAGCAGCCUCAAGCCGACCAACCUCAAAUUUACCAGCCCCAGACCUCUUAUCAACCUCAAACUUACCAGCCUCAGUUCUACGCGCCAGACCAACAAAUUCAAGGACAACUUGUGUCGAUACCAGCUCAAAAUCUUGACCAAUUUUAUCAGCAACAAUUCCAACAGCAGCAACUUUCCCAAAGCCAAGGGCAGGAUGCUUUACAGAGUGGUUUCGAUGUAAACCAGCAAGGGAACAGCUUGGACCAGAAUGAUAAGGAUUCUGAUGAGAAUACGGAUGGUGGUGCGACGGCUACCGCUGUGGCUACUGCGUUUGGGACGAGGACCCAACCUCGUGUAUUCUCGACCUAUGGAGCCCCUAUACCAAGAGCCCAAAAUGCUGCUACUACUGAAGCGCCCGCGGAGGAGGUCACUACGGAGGAAGGUCCAGCUAUCGCACAAGCCACCGCAGUUGCAAGGGGAGGUAGAAGGAAGAGUGCAAAGUUGAGGAGCCGCCGCAUCAGACCCGACAGUCCGAUCUUCACCCUGGAUAAGUCCGGCCGUCUGGUCCUAGUGUCCGAACAGGAACGUUUGUAAUAUUUUACUAGUAACAUGCAAAUGUGAUAAAGAACAAAUUCCUUCA